AUGGCAUUCAAGGACACAGGUAAGAUGCUUGUGGAGCCCGAAGUGGCCAUUCACUGGAACCAGAUCACCCUCACCAGCUGCAAUGUGAAGUCACUAGAGUGUGCUGACCUGAUUAGAGGAGGCAAAGAAAAGAACUUGAAAGUGAAGGGACCUGUUCGAAUGCCCACCAAGACACUUCAAGUUACAACUAGAAAAACUCCUUGUGGCGAAGGUUCUAAGACUUGGGAUCGAUUCCAGAUGAGAAUCCACAAAUGUCUUAUUGAUUUGCACAGUCCUUCUGAAAUUGUGAAGCAGAUCACUUCUAUCAGCAUUGAACCAGGUGUAGAAGUUGACGUCACCAGUGCAGAUGCCUAAUCAAUCAUCUGUUUUUUUAAUAAAUUGAUUGCAACUAUUAAAAAAAAAAA